AUGAGUGUUGUUAGGGGUCCAAUCGUUGUCCCCAUGUACCAGCAAGCGAUAAUAAUCACGAUGUACAGCAUUAUCAUAUGUUUGUCGGUAUUCGGAAAUUCAAUUGUGUGCUACAUCGUAUUUUCCUCGCGUAAAAUGAGGACAGUAAUGAACUUCUUUAUCGUCAGCCUGGCUAUGAGUGAUAUUCUUAUGGCAGUUCUCUGUAUUCCAUUGACGUUCAUAGCAAACCUGGUUAUAAACUCUUGGCCCUUCGGCGAAACAAUGUGCCCAAUUGUUUCCUUUAUUCAAGUGGUAACUGUCUUUAUGAGCUCAUUUACACUUGUUGCCAUAAGUCUGGAUAGGUACUGGGCAAUUGUACAUCCUUUGAGACAAAAAAUGACGAAGCAACAAGCAUGCAUUGUGAUUUCCGUCAUCUGGUUAUUGUCCGUAGCUAUACCUUUGCCGACAGCUAUAAAAGCAAGGGUUCACCAGUACGUCAACGAUUCAAAUGCUCCCUACUUUUGUGAAGAGCUAUGGGAGAAUGUUACAGGGCAGUCAGUUUACAAUGUAUUACUGCUUCUUUUCCAGUAUUUUUUUCCACUGACGAUCCUCGUGUUUACCUACGGAAAAAUCAUUCUCGUUCUGUGGAUCAUCAAGACUCCCGGAGAAGCUGUCAGUGACCGAGACAAACGAAUUUCAAUAUCCAAGAAAAAGAUCAUCAAAAUGAUGAUAGUGGUUGUUAUUAUCUACGCCAUUUGCUGGCUCCCUCUUCAUGUGAUCACCAUAGCUGGCGACAUUAACAAAACGUUCUACAAUCUUCCCGGAAUGAACAUUGUCUGGACGGCGUCUCAUUGGCUUGCCAUGUCCAACUGCAUGUACAAUCCGUUUAUCUACUGCUGGAUGAACGCUAAGUUCCGGAACGGCUUUAUUAAAGUGUUCAGAUGUGUUACGUGUGGAUUGCCAAAACCUCCGCGGGGAAUUGAAAUGCAACAAUUGAGAUAUCAUCAAAGUGGUGCUAUAUCGGUAGGGAAUAGUUUUACCACGCCGUAUAGAAGUUCGUCGUCAAAUUCCGAGUAUACAUGUCUUAAUGGAAAAUACAGCGGAAUAGCUGUCUCUAGAGGUUGUAGAAAUACAACCGUUCGCUUCUGCUAA